GUGACUGUUUUGCUAAAUAACGUACAAGAACGCUGCCCUUCCGCCAAUCUCGCUCCAAACUUGUGUUAUCGCGAGAACAACAACCGCUCACGACGCAAGUAGGCAACGCUGAGCAACAUGGCGGAAGAGGAGGUGGCCAAGCUGCAAAAGCAUCUGGCGCUGCUCAGGCAGGAGUAUGUGAAGAUGCAGCAGAAGUUGGCGGACACCGAGAGACGCUGUGCCAUGCUUGCUGCUCAGACGUCCUGCCAAGGCUCCAGCAGCCCUGCAGAGGCAGACACCUUCAUUAACCGCCUGCUGGACAUCGUGUCCGACCUGUUUCAGCAGGAACAAUACAGUGAUCUGAAAGUAAAAGUGGCUGGGUAUGAGCUCAGAGCCCACAAGUUCGUCCUGGCUGCUCGCAGUGACGUCUGGAGUCUUAGCAAUAUGGCCACUACCUCUGAACUGGACCUAUCUGACUGCAAACCUGAAGUUGCCAUGGCAAUGUUGUGCUGGGCAUACACUGACAAGUUGGAGCUUAGUGAAGAUGACGCGUUUCUUAUUGAGUUGAUGAAGGUGGCCAACCGCUUCCAGCUCAAUCUCCUCAGAGAAAGGUGUGAAAAAGGUGUCAUGUCCUCCGUAAAUGUCAGGAACUGCAUUAGCUUCUACCAAACAGCUGAGGAACUAAAAGCCACAACACUCAUGAACUACUGUGGGGAGAUAAUAGCCAGUCACUGGGAUGAUCUGAGAAAAGAUGAUUUCAGCACCAUGAGUGCGCAGCUUUUGUACAAGAUGAUCAAGUCUAAAACGGACUACCCUCUCCACAAAGCCAUCAACGUUGAGCGAGAAGAUGUGGUUUUCCUCUUUCUCAUUGAGAUGGACUCUCAGUUGCCUGGCAAGCUGAAUGAAGUUGACAACAAUGGCGACCUGGCUCUCGACCUGGCGCUCUCUCGGAAGUUGGAAAGUAUCGCAACUACUCUAGUGAACAACAAAGCCGAUGUUGAUAUGGUAGACCAAAGCGGAUGGAGCCUUCUGCAUAAGGCCAUCCAAAGAGGUGAUGAAUUUGCCUCCAUCUUCUUAAUUCGUCACUCAGCUCAGGUCAAUGCUGCCACUGUGGGCGCGGUGGAAACUCCUCUUCACCUGGUUUGUUCUUUUAGCCCCAAGAAGCACUCUGCCGAUGUGAUGAGUGGCAUGGCACACAUUGCAGAAGCUCUGCUCAAAGCUGGAGCCAACCCCAACAUGCAGAACAGCAAGGGCAGAACUCCUUUGCAUGAAGCAGUGGCUUCAGGGAAUGAGCCGGUGUUCAUGCAGCUACUACAGUGCAAACAUCUGGACCUAGAACUUAAAGACCACGAGGGCAGCACAGCUCUGUGGCUGGCUUUGCAAUACAUCACCGUCUCUUCAGACACUUCUGUCAAUCCAUUCCACAAUGACGGUCCAGUGGUCAACGGCACCUCAUUUGAUGAAAAUAGCUUUGCAUCACAGCUAAUCCAAAGGGGGAGCAAUGCUGAUGCACCUGAUAUGUCAACAGGAAACUGUCUAAUGCAAAGAGCAGCUUGUGCAGCCAAUGAGGAAGCUGCUCUAUUCUUAGCCACUCAUGGGGCAAAGGUCAAUCAUGUUAACAAAUGGGGUGAAAGCUCUCUUCAUACAGCCUGCCGCAGUGGCUUGGCUAGCCUGACAGCAGAGCUGCUACAGCAGGGAGCGAACCCUAACCUGCAGACCCAAAAGUCUCUGCCUGACGACACCGUUGGUGUGGCUAUGCAGACCCCCCUCCACAUGGCAAUUGCUCACAACCAUUCAGAUGUGGUCUCUGUCAUCCUCGAGCAAAAAGCAAAUGCACUACAUGCCUCAAACAAUUUCCAGAUCAUUCCAGACUUUAGUCUCAAGGAUUCUGUGGACCAGACAGUAUUGGGCCUGGCUCUAUGGACAGGUAUGCACACCAUAGCAGCUCAGCUUCUGGGCUCAGGAGCUUCUAUCAAUGACACCAUGUCCAAUGGACAAACCCUGCUUCACAUGGCCAUACAGAGACAGGACAGCAAGGGUGCCCUUUUCCUUCUUGAGCACCAGGCAGACAUCAACGUUCGUACUUUGGAGGGUCAAACUGCACUGCAGUUGGCCAUCAGCAACCAGCUACCACUAGUAGUGGAUGCCAUUUGCACUCGAGGAGCUGAUAUGUCUGUGGUUGAUGACAAAGGCGACACUCCUUUGUGGUUGGCUUUGGAGAGUGGCCUGGAAGAUAUUGCAUCCACGCUGGUUCGUCAUGGCUGUGAUGCAACAUGUUGGAGUGAAGGUCCUUCUGGCUGCCAACAGACCCUCCUGCACAGAGCUGUUGAUGAGAACAAUGAGGUCUCAGCUUGCUUUCUCAUUCGCAGUGGUUGUGACGUGAACAGCUCUCGACGACCCGGCCCUAAUGGAGAAGGAGAAGAAGAGGCUAGAGAUGGACAAAUGCCUCUCCACCUUGCUAGCAGCUGGGGACUGGAAGAUGUGGUGCAGUGCCUUCUGGAGUUUGGAGCUAAUGUGAAUACUCAGGAUUCAGAGGGUAGAACUCCUAUCCAUGCUGCUAUUAGCAGCCAGCACAACGUUAUCAUUCAGCUCCUGAUUUCCCAUCCAGACAUCCGUCUUAACAUCCGUGACCGCCAAGGAAUGACACCCUUUGCCUGUGCAAUGACGCACAAGAACAACAAGGCGGCAGAGGCCAUUCUCAAAAGAGAACCAGGUGCUGCUGAACAGGUUGACAACAAAGGGCGAAAUUUCCUUCACGUGGCUGUGCAAAAUUCUGAUAUUGAAAGUGUACUGUUCCUCAUCAGCGUGAAGGCUAACGUCAACUCCAGGGUUCAGGAUGCAGCUAAACUCACGCCACUACACUUGGCUGUGCAGGCCGGAUCAGAGAUCAUUGUCCGAAAUCUGCUGCUUGCAGGAGCUAAAGUGAAUGAGCUGACCAAGCACCGACAGACUGCCCUGCAUCUGGCGGCUCAGCAGGACCUGGCCACAAUUUGCUCUGUUCUCUUGGAGAAUGGCAUUGACUUUGCAGCUGAGGACGAGAAUGGCAAUAACGCUCUCCAUCUGGCUGUGAUGCAGGGUCGCCUUAACAAUGUCAGAUCGCUCCUCACAGAGUCCAACAUUGAUGCGGAGGCCUUUAAUCUCAGGGGUCAGUCACCAAUGCACGUGUUAGGCCACUAUGGUAAAGAGAACGCUGCUGCUAUCUCUGAGUUGUUCCUGGAGUGUAUGCCUGAAUACCCUCUGGACAAGCUGGAUAACGAAGGAAACACAGUUUUGCUCCUGGCUUAUAUGAAAGGGAACGCUAACCUGUGCCGUGCUAUUGUGAGGGCUGGUGCUCGCCUGGGCGUCAGUAAUAAUCAAGGGAUCAACAUUUUCAACUACCAAGUGGCAACUAAACAGUUGCUCUUCCGCCUUCUUGAUAUGCUGUCCAAAGAGCCUCCUUGGUGUGAUGGUUCCAACUGCUACGAGUGUGCUGCUAAGUUUGGUGUAACAACAAGGAAGCAUCAUUGCCGUCACUGUGGGCGCCUUUUGUGCCACAAGUGCUCUAUCAAGGAGAUCCCCAUCAUCAAGUUUGACUUGAACAAGCCUGUAAGGGUGUGUGACAUCUGUUUUGAUGUGCUAACUCUGGGUGGGGUGUCAUAAAGCUGUGGCCUGGACUUUCUCCACCUGUGAUGAUGGCCAGGUAGCCAAUUUAGCAGUUACUAUACAAAACUUAAUUCAGCAUUUACUGCACCCAACUUAACUUGGCUGUUACUACACACAACUUAACUUAGUAGUUACCUCACACCUUAAAGGGGAACUGCACUUUUUUAGAAUGUCCUUCACAACCCUUAUGUGAGACAAGAUCAAUGGAUAAAUAAACACAAGCUCUAGGUGACUAACAAUACAGGUAAUGAGGAUUUAAUCUCUUUCACUUAUAAAGCGCUAAUAAAAACAAAAAAUAUUUAUAUACACGCUGUAAAUAUAUAUGUAAUUUAGCACAUUCAUAAAGACAUGCACCUGGGGAUAGGUUGAUUGGCAACACUAAAUUGGCCCUAGUGUGUGAAUGUGAGUGUGAAUGUUGUCUGUCUCUGUGUUGGCCCUGCGAUGAGGUGGAGAUUAGUCCAGGGUGUACGCCGCCUACUGCCCGAAUGCAGCUGAGAGGCUCCAGCGACCCCGAAAGGGACAAGCGGUAGAAAAUGAUUGGAUAUUACAUGUAAUAAAUUAUUGUGGGCAUUUUAAGCAUUAAGCUAGAGCAUUUAUUUCACAGAGCACAUCACAACGUUCACUGUUUUCUUCAACUACUACUAAUCA